GGUCCGCCACGUAGCUUCCCUGGCCGCGUCAGAGCGAGAGAACUACAUUUCCCAGGGGUCAGCGGGCCGUCCGGCGGCGUGGGGGCGGCGCCUCCCGUCUGGUACAGUCAUCCCAAACCUCUUCGGCGGGACUGUGAUGGCCGGAGAGAUGACGAUCUUAGGAUCAGCUGUCUUGACUCUCCUGUUGGCUGGCUAUUUGUCACAACAGUAUUUACCAUUGCCUACUCCUAAAGUGAUUGGCAUUGACCUUGGCACCACCUACUGCUCUGUUGGGGUGUUUUUUCCUGGCACAGGAAAAGUAAAGGUCAUUCCAGAUGAAAAUGGCCAUAUCAGCAUACCCAGUAUGGUGUCUUUCACUGACCAUGAUGUUUAUGUGGGAUAUGAAAGCUUAGAGCUGGCAGAUUCAAAUCCUCAGAACACAAUAUAUGAUGCCAAAAGAUUCAUAGGCAAGAUUUUUACCCCAGAAGAGCUGGAGGCUGAGAUUGGCAGAUACCCAUUUAAGGUUUUAAACAAAAAUGGAAUGGUUGAGUUUUCUGUGACAAGUAAUGAGACCAUCACCGUUUCCCCAGAAUAUGUUGGCUCUAGACUACUAUUGAAAUUAAAGGAAAUGGCAGAGGAAUAUCUUGGAAUGCCAGUUGCCAACGCAGUUAUUUCUGUACCUGCAGAAUUUGAUUUAAAACAGAGAAAUUCAACAAUUGAAGCUGCUAACCUUGCAGGACUGAAGAUCUUAAGGGUAAUAAAUGAACCCACAGCGGCAGCUAUGGCCUAUGGUCUCCACAAGGCUGAUGUCUUUCAUGUCUUGGUGAUAGAUUUGGGCGGAGGAACUCUAGAUGUGUCAUUACUGAAUAAGCAAGGAGGAAUGUUUCUAACCAGGGCAAUGUCAGGAAACAAUAAACUUGGAGGACAGGACUUCAAUCAGAGAUUGCUUCAGUACUUAUAUAAACAGAUCUAUCAAACAUAUGGCUUCCUACCCUCUAGGAAAGAGGAAAUUCACAGAUUAAGACAAGCUGUGGAAAUGGUCAAAUUAAACCUGACUCUUCAUCAAUCUGCUCAGAUGUCAGUGUUACUAACAGUAGAGGAAAAGGACAAGAAGGAAACUCCAAGCAGUGACACUGAACUGUCAGAGGACAGACUGUCCCCAGCAGGUGGCCACCAUGUAAGCAGCAUGUUUGGAGCUGGCCUUUCUGAAAAGAAAAGUGGAGAAAGUCAGGUUUUAUUUGAAACAGAAAUAUCACGGGAGCUCUUUGACACCCUAAAUGAAGAUCUCUUCCAGAAAAUACUGGUGCCCAUUCAGCAAGUAUUGAAAGAAGGCCACCUGGAAAAGACUGAAGUUGAUGAGGUGGUAUUGGUUGGGGGCUCUACUCGUAUUCCUCGAAUCCGUCAAGUCAUUCAGGAGUUCUUUGGAAAGGAUCCCAACACGUCUGUAGACCCUGACCUGGCAGUGGUGACGGGAGUGGCUAUCCAAGCAGGGAUUGAUGGAGGUUCUUGGCCUCUUCAAGUCAGUGCUUUAGAAAUUCCCAAUAAGCAUUUACAAAAGACCAAUUUCAACUGAAUUUUGGAAGAAUGAUUAUUUGUGAUCUUAUCAGACCACCUCCUC